AUGGCGGGACAGGAGCGUUUUGCACAUUUUGGCAUAGCUCAACAAAAUAAUUACUACUGGUACUGGCAAAGUCUCUCCUCUGCUGUUAGGGUGAAGCCCGAGUUCCAGCCCUCCCAGGGUUACCCUUUUGGCCACUGGUCUGAGCACCAGCACAGCUGUUGCUCCCUUCCUGACUACAGCAGUGGCUGUGCAGUGGUUGGAAGCGGACACAGCUGCCUCUCUGUGUGUGCGACCUCUGGACACCCAGCUGAAACUCUGGUCACCCAAGAGGAAACCACAUCUCUGGCUGAAAACCGAGAUGAAGACCCAAUAGCAGAUCCAAAUCUUCAUUUGAAUAUUGAGGUUAAAGAGUUUAUGAUGAAAAGUGAAGAACUCUACGACUCUCUCAUGAAUUGCCACUGGCAGCCUUCAGAUACAGUUCACUCUAAAAUCCCAGAUGAGUCCUCAAAGAAGCAAGAUGUUGGUUAAGCUACCCAACUAUCAUAUUAAUUGUAUCCUGUUUUGUUUCUGUUUUUGCAAAAAAAAAUUCUCCCAGGAAUAUACUGGAUUCUGUAUGUAAAUACAAAUUUCUAGGACUUAAAUGUGGUUGAUGUGAUAGAAGGUAAUGUAAAUAAACUUUGCCAGCACAUCCA